AUGUAUAAUCAAAUGUUUGAAAAAUUUUCAGGUUUAAAUAUAUUUCUUAUUGAUAAAACUGUUAUAUUAUUAUCACGGAAUUCAAUAGCUAUACCAAGUGAACUUGAUAGAACAUCAGUACAACGUCUUUUAGAAUUUUUUUUUCUUAUUUUUACACAUAAAAAUUCUCUUGCUAUGAAAUCAAAUUUAGAUUUAAUUAAGAGUUUAAUUGAAUCAUGGAAUGAACGUAUACAUGCACGAACAUUAAUUCUAUAUAAAUUAAUAUCUGAUGAAGAUAUUAAAUCAAAACACAAUGCCAUAUGUUUAUCAUUAAUUGGAAUAUAA